GGAGGAAACGAUUGAUUCCACCUUCAAAGAUCAGAUAAUUCCUCCUUCCAAAAACACAAAAUUUUAGUUAAUUUCAAGCCUCUCAAACUUCGUUCUCGUCCUCACCCUAUUCUACUUUCUGCAACUAUUCAUCAAUUAAACGCACACACGGAGAGAGACACAGAGGCAAGGCAAUAGUAUGGCGAGCUGCAGUAUGGCUUCUGCUGCUUCUGGCUUCUUGCUGACACCCAGUGUUGCAAUCAAUGCAAACUCAGCUUCUAGGAGCAAUAUGUUGUUUUACCCUUCAAAGAACACCGCCUUCAGCAACAACAAGUCAAGGCUUGUUGUAAGAGUAGCUGAAGAAGGACCUGCCCCGCCGGCCACCACCGCUGCCCCGCCUAAAGGUGAAGCCCCGAAGCCCAAGCCACCUCCAAUUGGACCCAAGAGAGGUGCUAAGGUGAAGAUUCUGAGGAGGGAGUCUUACUGGUACAAUGGAAUUGGAUCUGUUGUAGCUGUUGACCAGGAUCCCAAAACUCGUUACCCAGUUGUGGUUCGAUUCAACAAAGUUAAUUAUGCAAAUGUAUCCACAAACAACUUCGCAUUGGAUGAGAUUGAAGAAGUUAAAUGAGUUUAUAAUAGCUGUGUAAUUUUGACUUUCACAUUAUUCUCCUAGCUAGCUUAAGCUUUUGUGUGCCAGGAAUGUGUAUUAUAUUCUUCCAGUGAAUUCUUGUAUUUUCAACAUGUUAAUCAUGUUUUAUGCUAGUAUCUGAACAAA